UUUGUGUUUACAUUUCUUUAAGUUAUAAUGUAUAAUCUUUUUAUGUAUAAUCUAGUGACAUUAAUAUUUCUAUUGCUUAUAUUGCUAAUAAUGACAUUAUUACCGGAUAUCCUCGAUUGUUUUUGGCCACUAAACGAAUCACGUUUACAUAAUAUAGUAUUCAUGGAGGAAUAUCAUAUAAAGGAAGGAAUGCUGUUUUAUUUUCUUUUGUUCUAUGUUGGUAUAAAUAUUAGUGUUGGUAUUUUUUCGUUUUAUUUCGUCAAUUCGAUACUGCUAUUGGCUGCUUUACACUGCUGCGCAAUAUUCAAAAUUUGCAGGUAAGAAAAAGAAUAUAAAUAUUGUAAUAAUAUUUUCUUAGAAUGAUACAAUAAGAAAAUGAAUAAUCACACUACUGCUGGUGCCGCUAAACGGAAACUUAACGUCAUUAGUUAUCGAAUAAAACAAUUUAUGAACGAAAAGGCAAUAGUAUGCUCUAACAAAAAAAAUGUAAUCUUUGAAAGAAUAAUUAGAACAGUAGAACUUCAUCAAAAUGCAAAGAAGCUUUUUAAAUUGUUGACAACAAGUUUUACGAUAUAUUUUCUUAUUUUGCUAGUGUCAGGCAUGUGUUCCUUUGUUGUAGCUCUUUACAGAUUACUAUACACAAUAAUAUGCAUGGAUAACUUCAUUGAACUUAUGAUAGCAGUAAGUUAUAUUAUGGGACAUGAAUUUUAUCUCUUCGGAACUGCUUAUCUGGGACAACUGAUGGUAAAUCAUGCUGACGAAUUAUUUGAUGCAAUAUACAUGUCGCUGUGGUACAAAGCACCUAUUCCAAUACAGAAAUUAUUAUUAUUUAUAAUGCAAAUCUCGUUAAAAAGCGUUGUACCAAGCCUUGGCGGUAUAUACAUUUCUGUAUUGAAAAGCUUUACUUCGUUCAUGAGCACAGUAAUAUCCUACUGUAUGGUAAUAUACUCCGUAUCCGUAUAAUACUAUUAUAAUCUUACGUAGAAAAAAUAGUUACCCGUAGUAAUAAACACAAAACAUUCCAUAUAAUAGAUUAAUAGAAUAAAGUAGAAAGAUAUAAUUUGAUUAAAUAAAAUAAUAUUCUCCUAUAUAUUUAUUAAUAAAUAAUAUUACAUUUUAUUACACACACACACAUUACACUUUUUUACCUAAUUUUUAAGAAAUUCUAUACAUAAUACACUUUAACGAAUUCUGUUUACCUAGUUUAUUGAAUUAUUAAUUAAACACAUAUCUGUUUUAUUUUUUCUUUGUAUUUCUCUAGAUGUUUUUAUAUAUUGUCUUAUUUUGCAUGUAAUAUUAAUUAUUAAAUAAAUUAAUUUAAAGUUUAAAGAAUAUAUGUAUAUUAUUAUAUAUAUUAAGAAACAUGACUAACAACAUAUGUUUAUGAUGCAUGUACAUAUAUGUAUUACUUAUUUAUUUCUUUAUCUUUCAAAUUACAGUAUGUUUUUAAUUAUCUUAUGAAAUAUAAUUAUUACACUAUUUUCUGAUUAUUUCUUACUCGUAAACAUGCCUCUUCUUAUAUUGUAUCUCUUGAUCCAUAAUUUCAUGAUUUCUUUUCUACACUAAAAAUAUUAAUAAAAGAGUAAUGCAGCAUGCGAUAAUUCAGAAUGAUAAUAUCCAAUGUUAUUUCUUUUACUAACUAACUAACUUAGGUGUGUUUUAUGAAUUUUAUUAUAUUUUCUCUCAGAAAUUAUUGUGGAUCGUUGCAUUUGAUUAAUUUAAUUCUAUCCUCUCUCUUGGAUGAAUAUUGAGAGACAUGUUAAAUAGAUAAUCGAUUGAAAUUUUUCUUAUACCUUACACAUAACUUCAAAUAAUUUCACAAUUAUUGUUAUUAUAUGCAUCGCGCUAUUGAUUAUAUCUAAUAUCUUAGAGAAAGAAAAGAAUUCUCAUGUUAUUGACCGCAUAUACGGUUUGACAUUCAUAAAAAGAUGAUUGUGUUUAAAAGUUGGUACUAUAACGCUAAUCGAAUUUUUUUAUUGAUAUGUGGUUUAUGGCCUUAUCAAAAGAAAUUCCGGUACGUACGAGCCAUAUUUAUUUUAGGAAUACUCGUCUUCUACAUUAUUUCUCAGGUACACGUUAAUCUGAAAAGACAAUAUUUUAGUAAUUAUCAUAUAUUUUUUUAUAUUUUUAUAUCAUUAUUUUCAGUUUAGAGUAUUGUUUGCUUAUAAAUACAACUUUAAAUUUGCAUUGAAGAUAUUUUCGAACAUUUUUCCUGCUAUUCUUUGUCUAUUACAAUUUAUCGCCUUUUUAAUUAACCCGAAAGAAGUGAGAAAACUAUUAGAUCAGAUUUCCGAAGAAUGGAAUGCACUAAAGGAUUCUAAGGAAAUUGAAAUAGUAAGAAGAUAUGGAACGUUUACAAGGCGGCUUACAGAGGCCUUACUUCGUAAGAAACUCUCUAAAAAAAUUCUCUUUGAUAUAAAUAAUUGUAUAAUUGUAUUAUUUAACAAAUUUGUACAUUGCAAUUCACAAAUUUGUUCUCGAUAAUUUUUUGCAAAUUUUAUUUUUUAGUGUGCGCUUUAUUAAGUUGGGUUUUCCUAAUAUUAUUAUAUCUUAUUCCAAUCAGCGUUAAUGAUUCUACAAUAGCCAAUGAAUCUUUAUUAAAACACGAUAUUUCAAUGCAAGAACUGACUAAAGAAGAAUAUAUCUUCUUUUUCAUAGUUGUCUUUAUUGGUGUUUUCAUAAUGACAGCUACUACAUCAAUGAUUUUAGCUUACAUGCGACAUAUUUGUGCAAUGUUAAAAAUUACUUGGUAAAAAUUUUUGUAUGUUUAUGUUAAAUGUUUGUCAGAGCAUGUUCUAAUUUUGACAUGAAGUGUACAUUUAUAGCUAUCGUAUUGAACAUUCAUUGGAUGGAAACAUUUUACAUAUGUCAAUUUCUCAACAAAAUCGCUUGAUGUGUCAAAAAUUAGUUAGCGCUGUCAACAUUCAUCGAAGAGCUAUGGAGUCUGUAUCAGCUAUGAAAUAAUUAUUCUAUUUACUAGUACACGCGUGUUGAGAAUACCUUUAAAAUUUGAAUUUUGAUUCACUGUGUGUAGAAAGUCUAAGUUAUAUUAUUGUUACGUUAAAAUUUUACUUGAUUUUUUCCGUCAAUUUUUUAUGUACUUUUUUUACUUAUGAUAUAAUAUCUAAUUUUCGUUUCCGGACAAUAAAUAGACAAACAAAAUAAAUUCGUUUAAUGCAAAAUUUGACUACCAUUAUUCUUUUGCGUAAAUUAUGAUGCUCAAAUAAUUUACAAAUAGAUACCGAAUUUCUUUGCUGUUUUAAAGGUUCACGUCACGUGCCUUAGACAGCUUUAAAGAGUCUUAUUUCUUUUUGAUUGGAAUAGGUGUAGUGUCUUUGGCUAUUAAUUUAUUACAUGUAAGUAACACUUAAUUGCCUGAUUAAUUCUAUAACUUUUACGCAAAUUUUUAUAUAUUUCAUUCUAAUGCAUUAAUUCUAGGCGCUACAAGCUGCAUUAAUUGUAGACAAUUUGAACGAACUGGCGAUAUCUACUUUCUAUGUGAUUAUUCAUUUUGUUUACAUUUUCAUAGGUAAUUAUGGCGGACAGACAAUUACGGAUCAUAGUGCAGAUGUAUUAAAAGCGUUGUAAGUAUACAAUGAUUGUAAUUUUACAUAAUCGUUGUAUAUCUGUAUAAUUAAUUAAUUAAAUAAUUAUAAUUAAUUAAAUAAUUAAUUAUUAGGAAUAAAUUUAGUAAUAAGAAAUAUUGUGAUCAAUAAACAGUUUAUAUUGUAAAUAAAUUUUUAGAUAUCACGUGCAAUGGUAUAUAGCACCUGUACAGGUGCAAAAAUUAAUUCUUUUUUUAAUGCUAAGAAAUACAAAACAUUACGGUUUAGUUAUUGGAGGAAUAUAUAUUGCUUCAUUAGAAGGUUUUAUCACGGUGAGAAAAUUUAUAAACAAAAUCAGUGCAUUUAAUUAAUUAUGCUAAUGUGAUCUUGCGUAUUGCGCAUUCCCUUAAUUCCAUAAUUGUUAAUAGUCUGUGUGCAAUGUGAUAAUUUUAUAUAUUUUUUAUAAGAAACAUUUAAUUCCAAAAAGAAUAUAAUAUAAUAUAAUAUAAUACACACACACACACACACACACACACACACACGUAUAUAUGCAUAUACAUUUAACACAUAUUAUAUAAUAAAAUCACGAUUUCAGCUUACAAGUAUGUCGUUAUCUUACUUUAUGGUAAUCUAUUCUACACAAUAAAACAAACAUGGAUCAAUAAUAUAAUAACAAUAAAUUACAUAAACACAAGUUGUAAUCAGAUCAAUAAUACCUUAUCAAGAAACAAAAUAAGUAUACGAUAGAUAUUAUCAAGAAAAUUGAUCAUUAUACUGUACCGAAUUUCAUUAUAUCAUAUGUUUUUAUGCUUAUCACUUUUAAAUACUGCAUUACACAAGAAUAAGAAUUCUUAUACUAUAAAAAUUCUUAUAUUAUAAAAUAAAAGUAUAUCUUUUGCGAUGUCUUGAAGUGUGAUUAUAAGAAAUUUUUGCAACAUUAUUCGGGUCGAAUAGAGAAGAAGUUGUAGUAAAAUUACACAAUUACACAUCAGAAUUGAUCGCAAUUCUGUUUCUCUCUCUCUUUCUCUCUCUCUCUCUCUGUCGGGCUAGAAACGAUUAUUCUUUAAAUUAUUAUAUUAUUUAUUCACAUUGAGGAUAUACAUUUGACUUUUUUACGGAAAAUGUAAGAAGAAAAAAAUAAGUGUAAUGCAACACUGUGAAAGGGAGAAAAAGAAUUUCCGCAAUAAUCUUACAGUCGAAUUUCGACGUUUGAAGCGAGAUGUUCGUUUCUAUGAGUAAAUACUACAAUGUGAACCGAUUACUAUUGGUAAUAUGCGGUUUGUGGCCUUAUCAGAAGUCAAUAUUUAGAAACAUUCAGGCUACAUUCUAUCUCACAAUUAUAUGUUCAUUUAUAAUACUCCAGGUAUGACGAGUUUAUAUUUACAAUGACAUAAAAAUGACUUUUACUUUGAUAAUACAGAUAUUUAGAUAAGAAGAAACAUUAACAUAUUAAAUGCGAUUAAUCAUUGCAUAUUAUUAUACAUUGCAUAUUAAAAAUACAGACCUAAUAUUUCAGCUUACGACUUUUAUCGACGCAAAUUGCACUAUAAAUCUAGCCACAAAAGUAUUAUCAAUUGUUCUUCCGUUGUUCGUAUCUAUUUUAAAACAUGGCACCUUUUUUUAUAACAACCGAAAA